AUGGUUAAUGUCCCAAAAACACGGCGAACAUUUUGUGAUGGAAAAUGCCGUCGACAUACAAUGCAUAAAGUAACGCAAUAUAAGAAGGGGAAGGAAUCGAGGCUUGCACAGGGUAGACGACGUUACGAUUCCAAACAGAAAGGUUUUGGUGGCCAGACGAAGCCAAUUUUCAGGAAAAAGGCAAAAACAACUAAGAAAAUUGUUUUGAGAAUGGAGUGUACAGAAUGCAAGCAUCGCAAACAGUUGCCAAUCAAACGAUGCAAACAUUUUGAACUCGGCGGUCAGAAGAAAACACGUGGGCAGCGAUCUGCUUAUGGCUAUUGUUUUCAUGUUAAUGUUGUCAUAUACUUGAAAAACAGUAAAGAUUUCAUUGUAUGUUUAAAAAAAACAUGUUUUACAAAGCUCGUGCUACCGCAUCUGAUGAUCUCUCUGCCGCGAGCUUAG